CCUUAAACCUCGCUUGGGCGUUUUGCAGACACUUUCUUUUGCGGAGACAGGAGUGGACACCGCAGAAGAUGAAACACGCAACUGCCCGGUCCCACCGUCGCGGAGGGUCGCGACAAUCCCGAGGGCAGUAUGGGAUAUCCGAAUCCACAAGCCGGGGCGUUUUCCCCACAAUAAUACCCCUCAAGUUAUCAUUGUGAGCGUCGGAGUCAUCGGGGACUAGACUCAACGGUCCGCGGUGCCCCGAGAUGCUUUCCGUCUGGUUCCCUAGAGAAAAUAGGCAGGGGUAACAUGCGGGGGUAAUAUGCAGGGGUAAUACGUAGGUGAAAUUGCAGAGAUUUCUAGUAGUUACUCUAUCUGAGGAACACUAAAAGUUGGAGUGCCCCUGGCCUGGUUGCGUGAAGAAUGACGACAUCGUAACUGGCGAUCUUGAGGGCAUCAUCAGGGUAUAAAUUACCUUUGCCGUCCGAGCUGAGGAUGGAUAUCAGCACACUCCGACGUUCCACUUUAUGAUUACCUUGAAUCAUUGCAGCAACCAUGCUCCUCGCCCUCGCAUUCGCACUUGCCACUCACGUUUGGGCGGAGGAUUUCCGCCCAGUCUACCAUUUCGUCCCUGAGAAGAACUGGAUGAACGAGCCCAACGGGUUGAUUAAGAUCAAGUCAACUUGGCACCUGUUCUACCAGCAUAACCCAACGGCAAAUGUCUGGGGCAAUCUGAACUGGGGUCACGCAACUAGUAGUGACCUGGUCCACUGGACUCACGAGCCCCUGGCUAUAACAAGCGAGAAUGGCGUCGAAGCAUUCACCGGCACUAGCUAUUUUGAUGCUGACAACAUCUCUGGUCUGGGAUCUUCUACCAGCCCACCCUAUCUGGCCUACUACACCGGGUAUUUUCCUUCCAACGGGACCCAGGACCAGCGCCUUGCCUUUAGCGUUGAUGAUGGUGUGACCUGGACCAAGUUCCAAGGCAAUCCUAUUAUCUCAGCUGCCCAGGAGUCACCGCAUGAUGUGACAGGGGGACUGGAGACCCGGGACCCCAAGGUCUUUUUUCACCAGCCAUCUGGAAAAUGGGUUAUGGUCCUUGCCCAUGGUGGGCAGGACAAGCUCACGUUUUGGACAUCGUCGGAUGCAAAGACCUGGACGUGGAAGAGCGACCUCUCUGCUAGCCAGAUUGAGGGCCUACCUUCUGGAAUCACUGGGUGGGAAGUGCCCGAUAUGUUUCAGCUCCCGAUUGAGGGCACCGACGAAACCACUUGGGUGUUGAUUAUCACCCCUGCACAGGGAUCUCCUGCUGGUGGUAAUGGUGUUCUAGCCCUGACAGGUUCCUUUGACGGGUCAACAUUCAAGGCUGACCCUGUCGACCCCUCUACUCUUUGGCUCGACUAUGGCCGCGAUUUUGAUGGCGCCUUGAGUUGGGAAAACGUCCCUGCUGCAGAUGGGCGGCGGAUCCUUGCAUCUGUCAUGAACAGCUAUGGUGCCAACCCACCGACCAAUACUUGGAAAGGGAUGUUGUCUUUCCCUCGGACUCUCAUUCUUAAGGAAACAGCCUCUAAGCGAUACUUCCUCCAGCAGCCUGUCACUGAGCUCGCCCCAGUUGGUUCCCCGCUAGCAACAAUCCAGAAUCAAACAAUUACCCCGGGCCAAGCAUUGCUGUCAUCCAUCCAUGGAACCGCGUUAGAUAUAAAACUUGCCUUCACCGUUAGCGAUGGUGCCAAACUCUCGCUGGCAGUGCGCAAGGCCGACUCGGAACAGACAAUUAUCCAGUAUGCCCAGACAAAUUCGUCGCUAUCUGUUGACCGAACAGCGAGUGGAGACGUCUCCUACGACCCCGCUGCAGGGGGAGUCCACAGCGUUUCCCUGAAACCAGAUGGUUCUGGGGUAAUUCAUCUCCGCGUUCUAGUCGACACUUGCUCGGUGGAGGUCUUUGGCGGGGAAGGAGAGGUUGUGAUUUCAGACCUGAUCUUUCCCAGCGAGACCUCUGACGGACUCUCCUUGGAGGUAACUGAGGGAACGGCAGAUUUGUACUCUGUCGAGGUGCGCGGCAUUUCACUCAACUAAAGUUGGAGCCACAUGAUUUCCCUUGUCACCGCCAGUGCGCUUUGCUGAGUACAACCGUUGUGAAUCUGUGCUGUUUAGUCUUGAAUUCGGCCUACUCUAUCUUCACCCUUUGACUUUCAGUAUCCAAGACGUCUAUGGAUAUAAAGUAUAUAUGUAAAAACGCAGUUCCGUUUCCACAUCUAUAGCCAUUGGUCUUGACUAGUUGACUAUUUCUCUUUUUCCAUUUGCUGGUAUAAGCAAGAUCGGGCCGUCCGGAUCCUGCCGGCGCCAGAUAGCCACUACGUAUAUUGCCAUGUCAAAUAAUGUAUCAUUGCCAGACUCAAGUUUAACCUAUUCCAAGAUGCGAAGGGAUUAGAAGAUUCUAAUC